AUUGAUCCCGGAAGCUUUGAAUGUUUUGGUUUUUCAGAGCUGCAGCAUUGCUAAGGAGGAAAAACAGAGGCACACAUGCAUGGCUACAUUGACUGCCACUGUCACAUCUCUGCGGGGGAUUUUGACAAGGACGUGGAAGAGGUUAUUGAGAAUUCAAAGAAGGCCGGCCUGCUGGCGGUUUUGGCUGUGGCUGAGCAUGCUGGAGAAUUUACCAAAAUCAUUGAACUAUCAGAGAGAUUUCCAGGUUUUAUUUUCCCCUGCUUAGGAGUUCAUCCUGUUCAAGAAGUUCCUCCUGAGCAACAAAGGAGUGUUUCUCUUCAGGACCUGGAUGCAGCACUACCAGUCAUAGAACAAUACAAAGACCAGCUUGUCGCAGUUGGAGAGGUGGGCUUGGAUUUUACUCCCAGGUUUGUCAGCAGUGAGUCCGAUAAGGAGAAUCAAAAACAGGUUCUUAUACUUCAAGCGAAGGUUGCCAAGGAGCUAGAUCUCCCUCUAAAUGUCCAUUCAAGGUCUGCAGGACGACCCACCAUCCACCUCCUGAAGGAGCAAGGUGUCGAAAAAGCCCUUCUUCAUGCUUUUGAUGGAAAACCUUCUGUUGCAAUGGAGGGAGUGAAAGCUGGAUACUUCUUCUCUAUCCCUCCAUCCAUAAUACGGAGUGAGCAGAAGCAGAAACUUGUUAAACAGCUGCCACUGGAACACAUCUGUUUGGAAACUGAUUCUCCAGCUCUUGGCCCAGAAAAACAGGUAAGAAACGAGCCCAGAAACAUCAGUGUUUCUGCGGAGUAUAUCAGUAAGAUCAAAGGAGUGUCCUUGGAGAAGGUAAUGGAGGUGACGACCCAGAAUGCCCUGCGACUCUUCCCAAAGCUGAGGUCUGCCAUCCGACCCUAACAGCCGAAUGAACAAAUCAUCCCAGUGGGAAAAAAAAAAAAUCUGAUUUUAUGUAAAAAAAGGCCAAGAAAACUUCAGAUUUGAUGUAAUUUCAGUGUUUAUAAUAAAACAUGAUUAAGCUUGUGUUGCUAUGGCUCCAUAUUUAUGUGUCUUUACCUGGUCUACCAGGCGGCCCAGGACCUUUACUUUAAAAAUCUGUGUUUUCUUGUUUCUGUGGGUCAGGUGUCCUCAACCUUUCUAAUCCAAAGAGCUUUUUUAGACCCAGCCCAGCUUAAAAAAGUGGUUUAGAGCUGCAAAUACUUGGCUUUUAAAUAAAAUACAACCUAUUACUUUUUAAAUAUCUGCAAUAGCCAUUUUAAACAGCAAACAGUUUAGCUGCAUUUUUAGUUAUCAAAUAAGG